GGCAGGACACGGGGCUGUAUUACCAUCGCUACCUGCAGGAGGUGAUCAACGUGUUGGAGACGGACAGUCACUUCCGCGAGAAGCUGCAGGCGGCCAAUGCCGAAGACAUCAAGAGCGGGAAGUUGAGCAAGGAGCUGGACUUCGUGAGCCAUCACGUCCGCACCAAGCUGGACGAGCUGAAGCGCCAGGAGGUCUCCCGGCUCCGCAUGCUGCUCAAGGCCAAGAUGGACGCCACCAUGGAGCAGAACGUGCAGAUCGAUCACCUGGGGCUGCUGAAGCAAUUCGAGCACCUGGACCCCCAGAACCAGCAUACCUUUGAGGCCCGCGACCUGGAGCUGCUCAUCCAGGCGGCCACCAAGGACCUGGAGAACUACGACGCGGCUCAUCACGAGGAGUUCAAACGAUACGAGAUGCUGAAGGAGCACGAACGGCGCGAAUACCUCAAGUCCCUGGACGAGGAGAAGCGGCGGGAGGAGGAGGCCCGGUUCCAGGAGCUGCGCCAGAAGCACAAGGAACACCCCAAAAUCAACGUCCCGGGCAGCCGAGAUCAGCUCAAGGAAGUCUGGGAGGAGACAGAUGGGCUGGACCCCAGCGAGUUCAAUCCCAAAACCUUCUUCAAACUGCACGACACGAACAGCGACGGGGUUCUCGACGAACAAGAGUUGGAAGCGCUUUUCACCAAGGAGCUGGAGAAGGUCUACGACCCCCGGAACGAGGAGGACGACAUGCUGGAGAUGGAGGAGGAACGGCUGCGUAUGCGGGAGCACGUCAUGAAGAACGUGGACUUGAACCAGGACCGGCUGGUGACGCUGGAGGAAUUCCUGAAGUCCACCGAGAAGAAGGAGUUUAAUGAGGCCGGAGGCUGGGAGACGGUGGACGAGACCCAGGUGUACUCGGAGGCGGAGCUGCAGCGGUUCGAGGCGGAGCUAGCGGCCCAGGAGGCGGAGCUUGGCCGGCGGGCGGAGCAGCUGAAGCGCCAGCAUCAGGAUCUGCAGGAGCAGCAGGUCCGGCUGGACGCCCAGAAGAAGGAGUAUCAGCAGGCCGUGCUGCACAUGGAACAGAGGAAAACCCAGCAGGGGGAGGCACCGGCGGAGGAGCUGAAAUUCCAGGCCCAGGCCCCGCACGCCGCCCCGGCGGAUCCGGCCGCGCCGGCAGCCCCAGCCCACGCCCCUGAACAGAACCACGUGGAACCUCUCCAGAACCAGCAGCAGACGCCGCCACAGCCCGAAGUCCAGAUCCAGUGAAACCCUGUGUGAGCUGGACAUGGGCGGGGCCUCGUAUUGGCCCCACCCCUCUCCCUCCUGGGCCCUGCCCCUUUUCCUUCCCCCCCCCCCCCCC